AUGGAUCGUGCGGAGUCGUCUGGCGAGUCGCAAAGACGCGCGAAACGGACAAAGAGGAGCUCGGUUGCAUGCCGGAGAUGUCAUGCCCAGAAGGUCAAGUGCUCUGGAGGUACCCCAUGCAGUGCCUGCUUGACCGCUGGCCAGGCGAGUGCUUGUAACUAUCCUUUUCGAGAGCGAAAAGUCACAAUAUCUGAGAGCUACCUGAAACAAUUGGAGGCCGCCUCGAAUGUUCUCAGACAUCAAAAUGAAUCUGCCCGCAGCCAGCCGAGGAGUCCCAUUGACGUCGACCAGCUACUUGACUCGACGAUAACAUCAGCAGUAUCAGACCUCGGUGUCGUAAACCCGUUGUUCGAUGCACGCCGGGAGAAGCCACCCACUCAGAUCGUAACGGAACCGUCCUUCGUUGGUGAAGCGGCAUGCGAUGCCUUUAUCGAGAGGCUUCUGCAGUCGCUCAGCCAGAGAGAAGCCAACUCACUCCCGCCACCGCACAAGUACAUGAUAGACCUUCCUGGAGCACGUAUGCCCGCCAUUAACUAUACCCUACCCGACCGAGUCCACGCCAAGCUCCUGAUCCAGGUGGCCGCGAGGUUCAUCGGAAAUGGCCAGCAUCUCUAUUUAAAUUCGUAUAUGGAGGAGGUCGACAGUGUCUACAAAAAAGAUGCCGAACCUAGCUCUAUAUGGUUGUGUAAGUUGUUAGCAUUGGUCGCUCUUGGUGAGUUGUACUCGAAUAGGCGGCGCAGUAACGGUGACAAUAGGGCGCCAGGGGAGGAAUAUUUUGUAUCUGCUUUGAGUAUGUUACAUGAUCAAUAUGAAGAUACCACAACUCUACAUGUCGAGGUUUAUCUUUUACUGGCCUGUUACUCGAAUGCACUCGGUCGCGUUAGAUCUGCCUACACAUAUUCAGGUAUUGGGAUGAGAAUCGCGCUAAGCCUUGGCAUGCAUCGAUCAUCAUCGUCUCUACAUACCAGUGCUGUCGAGCGGGAGUCCCGGCGCCGCAUAUGGUGGUCUCUUUACCUUUUUGAUCGGCUUACUUGCUCGAAGCUCGGCCAACCAACGGCUGUGAAUGACGAUGACAUCGACGUGGAGCUCCCGACGAUGGAUGGGUUAACACCUGAAGAGAAGGAAGAAUUUCCAGAUCCACGCCACUUAUUCGCGAGCGUUGGCCUUGCGAAGAUAGCAGGAGACAUAUUGAGCGAUAUAUACUGUAUGCCAGGACGAAAGAAGAUCCACUUCGUGAAGAGGGUCCACGGUAUUCUAAGCAACCUCCGAGACUGGGAUGACACGCUACCUCAACACCUCGCUUUCCGCUGGGACGAUUCAAACCGCCAUGUCGCCAGUCUCCACCUCUGUUACAACCAGUGCAUAAUCCACACAACACGACCAAUUUUACUACACUUAUUCCGCGUGCAGUUCUGUCUGGAUGGGUCCCGCACCGCAGACCAGCCAUCGCAGAGCUUCUCGCCGACGACGACGGCGCUGGCUGAUAGCUGCGUAAAUGCGGCGCGUACGUCCAACCGCAUUCUUUCCAAGCUAUUUGUUGACGGCACAUUGGCUACUCUGGGCUACUGGGACGCGCACUACCUUUUCUCUUCUACUCUGAUUCUUCUCAUGUCCGCCGUCAUGAGCCCCAGUCAGGCUGUCUCUGACGCUGUUGACACUGCUCUCAGUGUGCUAUGCUCCAUGCGUGAUGAUGGUAACGUUCCCGCCAAUGACUACUAUGAACGCCUUCUUCUUGUGCAGAAAAGCAUUGCCGAGCUGAGGGAUGGAGUCAGGAAAGGGAGAGAUGGUGGACCCCCAACCGCCGCGCAGAGUCCUCAAAUCGCAGGCACAGGCCAUGAAAGGGCACAGUUAGACGAGGUUGGCUGGGCUGCACAGAAUAAUGACGUUGGAGGUGUUGGGAUCGAAAAUUUCAGGCUCGAGGACAAUCUUGACGCGCUGGCCAAUCCUUAUAUUGACGGCUUCUUGGCCGAGAAGUCUUUCACCUGGCCGUCGAAUGCAUUUCCUGAUGGAACUACCUUGCAGCAGUUUGCGAACGAGCUCGGCGUUAGCUUUGGCCUACUCGACCCUCAUUGUGGCUAG